AUGCUUUCAUCUGUCGGAUCCAGAUUUGCUGCAAAUGUAUUAAUUUUCAACUGUUCACCAAGAUCUAAUAACAAUACCAUGAAACUUCUUAAGGAAGUAGCACAUGGCGUUGAAUCAGUUGGCAAAACAGCCGAAAUCGUUCAACUCAGCAGACUGAAAUUCAAACCAUGCCAAUCAUGUCUUGAAUGCAAGAGACCAAGCUCUCCAAACCGCUGCGUUAUCAAAGAUGACCUUCAGAAGUAUCUUGACCAACUUCAUGAAGUUGAUGCUUUUGCAAUUGGCUCCCCAAUAUACAUGGGCAACCCAAGCGCCUACUUCUACUCCUUCUUCGAACGUGCAAUUUACAGUAAUUUCAUGUACACAAAGACACCAAGCAAAUUCGGCAGAAGAAUCAAGACAGGACUUGUAUUCUCAAUGGGUGCAUCAAAGGAAAUGUUCGAGAAAACAUACUGGCCAAAUCACAAACAUAUCAAAGAUGCUAUGGAAAUAGUCUUUGGUCCAUGCGCUGGAGUCGUUACUAACUGCACACAAGUCUUAACACCAAAAGCAAACAUAGACUAUGAAAUGCCUCUCUUUGAUAUGGAUUUAAUCAACAACUACGUCAGAGAGCAUGAUCCAAUUGAACUGAAGAAUGCUUUUAACCUGGGUGUUAAGCUCGCUUCCAAGUAA